UACGGCGAAGUCUAAAGGCAGGAUGCGAAGCUGACCAAUGGAUGUGUUUUUUUGCAAAGAUGGUCUGGUUGCUUCUGGGGAGCUGCCAAUUGACCUAUGAAUGGUGCAUAAUUUAAAGCAGCCAGGGGUCGGUGGUGGUGGAUUGCAAACCGCUAGUGCGCUUUACCUGCCCCUGAUACCUGCUUGGUAAUAUUCUGUGCUCAGCGUAUGGUCUGGAGGGGGGCUGGAUGCAAGAGACUGAUGCUCGAGAGGGAGGAAAAAAAAAACGAGGUAUGAACACUCGCUUAUCGGUAUAUGUCGGCCGAAGCUGGCCUUGCGCGCUACUAAUAUUGCAUUGGAACUAAAGCGAGUAUGUGGGAUUCGAUGGAUGGUUACUUGGUUGUCUGCCAUUUCCUGUGGAUUUCAAUGCCCCAAGGCUAUCUAAGUGGAUGGCUUACCUUGUUUUGGGCUGCUAGCCCCCUACGAUGGCUUGGUAGCUCGGCACAAAGCAAUCGCUUAGCCUCCGAGCCACUUUGAAAGCCAGCAAUUCUUGCCCGCGUUUAGGCCGUGACGUAGCAGUGAAAAUGCUGUUGCCAGUUUAUUCUAGAAUAGACUGUUUUGUCUACCUAGCUUUACCUGUCUGUCGGCCUUUUUUGUUGUUGUCUGUUUCGUUACUCGUUACUUUGAACAACUCGCUGUAGGCUUUGGUGAUCGUCUCAGAAGGCAGCAGGCAAGCAUCAUGGCGCCAGAGGAGCGGAAGCGACACAGGAGACCGAGUGCCGCUGAUGAGACAAAUUCAGAUGAUGACAAUGACGCACCUAUUGUCUCGCCGGAAGAUCUGGUGAACCUGGCAUUUCAACAAGUUCCAAGUCUGGAGCCGCAGUCAACCCCCGAAAUCGAUCCCGGAUCCGACUCAAAGAUCCGACAUGGCACAUUCGACAUUCACUGGGACCCUAGGCUGAGUUGCCGGGUGGUGGACUUUAUAGGAGACAUAGAAGUUCGUCGCAUGCGACCAGCCAUACGAUGCCCCUUUCACUCCACUCCGGUCCUGUCACCGCAUCGUGUCGACGUUAAUCCCUCCGUGGGAGGACUGGCGAGUGGCAGCUGGGGCCGACUGCCCAAGUCGGAUCUCGCAGAGGAAGCGACCCAUGAAUGCCUGGCGACAAUCUGCGGCGCGACCAUUCCUGCGCCCUCACUCGUGCCGACUGCUUCUCAUGAGAACAUGGUGGAUUCACGGCCCAGUCAAAGCCGCGUGUCUGUAUAUCAGUACACGCUGAACAAGGCCAAGCCAAAGACGAGCCUGCGCAACGACGACGGCGCCUUCGCCUUCAUCCCGCAGACGGGCCCCGUGACCCUCGACACCGAGCUGGGACUGCUGGAGCUGCAGGUCGGCGACGUCGGCGUCGUGCCGGCCGGCAUACACCUGUCCAUAUCGCCGUCGAAAACCGCCGGGGCCGAGGUUCUCAGUGGAGGCUGCGCCGGGUAUGUGCUGGAGGUGGUCGGGACCGGGUUCGAUCUGGCAGCCGACUCGGACUUUGCUGUUGCUUCCGGCCCGCUGUCUCACGACGAAGGCCCUCUCGAUGCAGACGGCAAGGAGUGGACUCAUUUCGUCAAGGAUAGCAGCGCACCCAGGCCGCCGACGCUGCCAUCUUAUAUGACCGCCUCGGGCGCCAUCCCGGCGUGGAUGCCGCCGAAUCCCCCACCAUCCCACAGGAAUACCGCGAGGCGGCCAAAGCAGCAUGAGAAGGAGGCGGAGGAGAAGUGCGACGGCGGGCAAAGCGAGCCCGCGACGGAUGGCAAGCUCAACCCGCUUCGGCAAUAUACUCUCGCCCACGGUCCCCUGGACGUUGUGGCCUGGGAGGUGGAGGGCUCGCGGUGCGAAGACCUUCCGUACAAGGUGAGGAUGUCGGUUCCCGGACCAGAUCAGCGCGAGCCCUGGCCGGUGCUUCGAGCCGACCACGGCGACGGCCACGUCACCGAGCUGCGCAUGUUCGACAGCCGGGUGCAGACACCGCUUUGGGAUGCGCCCAACGCAGCAGCAGCGGCUGCUUCAUCCAGCACCAGCCAUGUUCCGGAUGACGCUGGCGCCGGGGACCGAGAGAAGCCCCGCGAUGGGCUAAACGUUGCGUAUGGUGUCAUACGCGGCCCCAAAGGCGACCAGGCAUGGCGGGGCCUCCGCGCUGGCGACCUGGUUGUACAGGCGCCAGGCGCCAAAGAUGCCGCCGCCGCCGCCGUCGUCCCUGAUCCGAUUCCUCAUUCGGACCCUUCUCAGUGUCAUGAUUUGCUAGGGUUCUCGUUUACGUUCCCCGGCAAGCUUGGCUUCUCAGAGUGGGCUCUGGCUGAGCACCCAGCCAGGAUCUCCUCGACGACGACAUGAGUGUACAUCUCUUCACUCUGACCUUAUUAUUAGAUAGAUACAACCCAAGGGCCAUCAGUCCGAGGCCGGACGAAUGCUUCGUCGCAGCGUCCACUUCACCAAUAUAGACUGGCCAAUAUACGCGCAAAGGCCUAACCGAGACACUGGGGGGGAGGAAGAAGCCUAACAUUCUAGUUUUUUUGA